GAGUAAAGCAUUGUUGCAUUGAAACAAUUCUUUGCAGUAGCACUGACAUAAGCUUACUGAAAAUGAAAAUACUCUGUUUGACCUUCGUCUUGGGUCUUCAUUUGUACUUAGCUGAUGCUGCAUUAAACAAGACAUACGUACCAUAUUGCGGGUCGGCCUUCCUAUUUACAAAAGAUGAUCCAGAGUACUACGAAAACCACGUAGCAGAAGCUUAUGAACAGGUUGCAGACAAAAGUGGGAAGGUUGUUUUUCAGAAAGUCAGGGCUGCAAUGGCACCAGAUCGAAAGCAGUUAGGCAGAAGUGUGGGCUACUUUGACCACUGCAACGAAGUUGAAGGAACCUUGAGCACGAAGAAAGGUCUUGAGAAAUAUGCCCAUUGCCGUUUACCUUUGACUCCAGCACAGACUGAGGCAGCCUCAUAUGCGAUGGCCAAAGACAUCCCUGAUACAACUAAAGGUCUGGCGGAUGCUGCGAAGGCUCUUAAUGAUAAGUUCAAAGGUGCUAGUCAAGUGAAAACUUUCGAGAAAUGCUUGAAGACAUAUAAAGGCUGAGUUUCACGUUGAUAUGAAAACUUUUUUACUGGAAAUACAUCAAUAAAAACAAAUGGAAUUUUCUAUUGUUGAUUAUUAGAG